AUGAUCGGUCAAAAGAAAUCCAAAGGGAAGAUCUAUGAUCAACAGACGUUUUUGACUGAAGAUAUACAAGAUGAGGGUCAAGAAUCUCAUGUGUAUGUUGCUGAUGAAAUCGGGGAAGAAGAUUACUAUGAACAAUUGCUCUUGAACGAGGACGAGGACGCUCUGCUGAUCGCAGACUAUGAGUCUGCAGCGGCAGACACACUGCAGUCAGACGAAGAUCUGGCCAGCGCAUACAAUGCGUACAGUGAGGUGCGCAAGCGCUUGUCCGAUCGCUUCAAAAAUCGUGGAUUUUGGCCUGUGAGCUCUGGGAAGGGUAAGUCCAAAACUCAUGGAUUCAAGGGCAAGGGAAAGAGUUACGGCCGUGGACCCCGAAAAGGUUUACAGCAAAGAAUCAUGGAAAGCACAUGUAGACACUGUGGAAAGAGAGGUCAUUGGCGCGCAGAGUGCCCAGAGCGCCAAAAUGCCUCAGCCAACAGUGUAACCAGCACGGCAGCCACCAUGACAGCCGAAGCAGUUUCCCUCGAGGGUGAGCCCGAUGCCUUGCCAAUGGAGUUCAUGCAGUUGAAUGAAGCCUCCUGCCAUUUGCCGAUGAAAGCCAGUGAUCCGCCAACGAUUAGUGAGCCUGCUUUAGCACUUUUUGCAUCGCAUGGCACAUCAGGCAUCUUAGACACAGGCCAAUCAAAUCAACAGGAUGAGAUUUUCCAGAGCCACCGUGAGUCCAGACGUUCACAGACCAAUGAAUGCACAGCAGUCGACGACAGCGUGGACCAGUUUCAGCAGCUGACAGUUCAGGAAAUGGGAGAUGCCAAGGUUACGUUUGGCAAAGCCCACAUGGGGCGAACCUAUCUGGAAAUGUGGUUGGAGGAGCAAAAUUGGAUCAAAUGGUUCAUCAGGACCUACUCAGACAGCCAAAAGGUGGAACAUCGAAAGCUCCUGAUUUAUGUCGAGAAGAUGAUAUCAGCUCACGAGCUAGAGCACAAACUGCCUCCAAUGGAGUCCAUGACACAGGGAGUUGUCAUGCCACGCUGCAAAGGGCAACCGAAAGCCAAGGCAUCCACAGCCGUGGACCCUUUCAUGUUCAUGGAAGCCAGCUCCAACAUCGGGACCGAGCAGUGGGAUGUGAUGGACCCAGAAGAGAUGUUGGCCCACAAUGCCAGGGGACUCGACGAAGAUCCACACCUGGAGAGCAUCGAAGCCCUGCAGGAAUUUCAAGAAGUCUCCAAACUCGUAGGCAGCCGAUCAGCAAAGCCAAUUCAGAUGCUCGAGGUCUUCUGCGACCUUUCCACCAAAGAAGGCAGAGAAGGUUUGUUUGAAAUUGUCGUUCAACAGAAGCCCAACCACAUAUGGUAUAGCCCGACCUGCGGGCCUUGGAGUUCAUGGAGUCAGUUCAAUGAGAUGAGGAGCACCGAAGGCUUUGCCGAAGUGCAGCGGAAGAGAGAAGAAAACCUUUUCCAGUUGGCCCUAGGUUGCCCGAUUCGACAUGUGCAGAGUAGGAAAGUUGCACAGGUUUUGACAAAAGUCAAAUGUCUACGUAGCAAACCUAUGGGAUUGUCCGAGGCUUUUGCAUCCGACGCCAAAAGAAAUACCAGUGCAUCCCUGGCACCUGCAUCCAAGCGAGCGAAGCUGACACCCGUCAGUCCACUGAUUGAGCCCAGUGAAAUGCCGGCAAAGAAGCGUCGCCUCCAUGAGAAGACCACCGAUAAUGUAGGACUUCAAGAAGUGUUUCAUGACAAACAAAUAGUUCGGGUUGUGAUUUGCAAAGGGACGGAGAGAACCAUCACUCCCCCGAAGAAUAUGAUGCCAGCAGAAGCUCCCUUUCGCAGAGCCAUCAUCAUCCAAAGACAAACCAAAGCCAUCAAAGUCGAAGGUCAAUGGGAGGAAUGGCGCCAUUUGUCAGCCCGACAGCUGUGGCGACGGUCACAUCCCUCUUUUUUGAAUAUAACAGUGUUCGCUCGAAAUCCAACCGAGAUUUCAUCACCUGCCAGUGAAAGCCAGAGACCAAUCAGCCAUGAGGCCACUGAACAAAGUGUUGCAGCCCAAUCCUCGGUACCGGAUGUGCCAACCAAUGAGCUCUCGAGCACACCAGCCUUUGAGAGUCAGCUGCAACCACCGAGUGUCGCAACACCCGAAAGCACCAAGGAUCCAAGCCAAAUAGACUUCGAAAGCAAGGACCAUGGUUCCAAGUUCAUGACAAUGUCACCGGAGAACAAGAAACUUGCUAUUCGACUUCACAAAAACUUAGGUCACCCAGAUCCCACCAAGUUGAGUAAGGUACUUCAGCAAAGGGGUUACUCUGAUGAAUUGGUGCGAGGAGUGUUAGACCUCAAAUGUUCCGUAUGCCAAAUGCAACAGCAACCAAGACUCCAACGUCCUGCGACACUGAAGGAGGAACUGAAUUUCGGUGAUAAGAUAUCAAUGGAUGGGGUAAAAUGGAGUAACAAACAGGGCCAAGAUUUCCAUUUUUUACCAUUUCAUUUGUCACGGUACCAAUUACCACACUGCAGUAGUGGCCCCGAAUCGAGCAGAAGUUCAGGAAAGAUUCACCUCUGGAUGGCUCAACUGGGCUGGUCCUCCCAACACAGUUAUCAUGGAUUCAGCAUCCGAAUUUGUGUCGCAAGCAUUUGA